AUGGCGAAGCGGAUCAACAACCCCUUCUUGGCACUCGACAAGCAAAAGCAGGAGGAGGAGGAGCGCAAGCGACGCUACUACGAACAGAAGAUUCGUGAACGCCAACAGGGCGGCGGCACGACGAGCAGCAGCCCCGACCUGUCGUCUUCGCUCUCGUCCUCAGCCACAGAAGAUGUCGCCUCGAGGCCCGUCGGCACUGUCGCCAACGGAAAUUCCGCCGAGUCCACUCAUUCUGUCGACAAAGAAAAGGAAAGAGAAAAUCAGGAAAAGGAGAGAGAAACGAAGGAGGCCGAGGAGCGGCGAGGCAACGUGAAGGAGGAAGAAGAGGGCAGCCACAAGGAGAAGGAGGAGGAGGGCGGCCACCAGCAGGAGGAGAAGGAUGAGAACGGGGAGACCGAGGCCCAGCGCCUGGCGCGAGAGGACCGCGAAAGGCGCGAGCAGGAGAAGCUCCUGGUCAAGGGCGAAGUAGAGGAGAAGAAGCGCAGCAACCCUUUCCUCUUGCUCGACCGUGAAAAGCAAAAGCAAGAGGAGGAGCGCAGGAACCGCUACCUCGGUGGUCGUGGCACGUCGCAGCGCGCUACCAGCGAAGUAGCAACCACGGCCGCCGCCGAGCCUGCCGCGGAGCAGGAGCAGGAGCAGCAGAGCAACGCCAACGAUGACCACGCUGUCGAGGCCGACGAAAGCGCUCCGGCUGGUGGUGCGGCGGACGUGGACGCUGAGCUGCUCGAAGAGGAGGAGAAAGAGCUGGCCCGCCUCGAGGAGGAGAAGCGCAAGGCCGACGAGCUGGCCCGCCUCGAGGAGGAGGAGCGCGAGCUCGAGCGGCUCGAGGCCGAAGCCCGCAAGCUGAAGGAGGCCCAGGAGGCCGAAGAGGCCGAGCUUCGCAAGCUCGAAGAGGAGGAGAAGGAGCUCGAGCGUGAGAAGGCCCGUCUCGAGGAGGAGCGCCUCGCCAAGCAGCAGAAGCAGCAGGAGGACGAAGAGGCCGAGCUCCGCAGGCUCGAAGAGGAGGAGAAGGAGCUCGAGCGCGAGAAGGCCCGCCUGGAGGCUGAGCGCCUCGCCAAGGAGCAGAAGCAGAAGCAGGAGGAAGAGGAGGCCGAGGCCGAGCUGCGCAGGCUCGAGGAGGAGGAGAAGGAGCUCGAGCGCCUUGCCAAGCAGAAGCAGCAGGAGGACGAGGAGGCCGAGCUCCGCAGGCUCGAAGAGGAGGAGAAGGAGCUCGAGCGCCUCGAAGCCGAAGUCAGAGCCCAGCAGCAGCAAACCGCGGCCGCAGCGGAGGAGCAGCAGGCCGACGACGACGAAGAGGCCGAGCUGCUCGCUGCGUUGGAGGAGGAGGAGCGCCAGUGGCAGGAGGAGCGUGACGCCGAGCAGGAGAAGAUGGUGCAGGAGCUGAACGAGCAGAAGUCGCGCCUGGCCGAGGAGGAGCGCGAGGAGGACGCGUGGGAGGUGCAGGACGAGGCGACCCGCGCCAAGCGCCGGGCCGACCACGCCGCGUUCGACGCGCGCGAACUCGAGUGGGCCGACGCCGACGACGCCGGUGCUCGCCAGCGCGGCGACAAGCGCCAGGCGGCCCUGGCCGAGAUCGACCGUCUCACCGCCGACGAGGAGAAGGAGCGGGAGAAGCUCGCCAAGCUCGAGGCCGAGCUGCGACAGCUCCUCCAGGAGGAGGAGGAGAGCGAUGGCGCGCCCACGCCCGCGCCCGCGGCGGCGGCGGUCGAAGCAAAGCCCGUCGCGCAGGCCGCGGCCGGCAAUGAUGAGGAGCUCAAGCGGCUGCAGGAGGAGGAAGAUGAACUCAAGCGCCUCGAGGAGGAGGAGGCCGAGCUCAAGCGGAUGGAGGACGAGCUCCAGGAGCUCGAGCGCAAGCGCCAGCGCGAAGCCGACCUGGAGCGCGAGCUCGAGGAGAUCAUGGAGAUGGAGGAGGAGCUGGCUCGCCUCGAGGAGGAGGAGGCCCAGCUGGCCGAGAUGCGGCGCGUCGAGGAGGAGCUCAAGCAGCUCGAGGAGGAGCAGCGCCUCGAGGAAGAGCGCGUCGAGAGCGAACUCAAGGAGCUCAUGGCCCGCGAGCAGAGCCAGCAGCAGCCGUCGCCCGCCGCCGCGGAGGAGACCGAGGAGGAGCGCCUGCGCCGCGAGGAGGAGGAGCUGGCCCGCAUGGAAGCCGAGCUGGCCGCCGCCGAAGCUGACGUGGCAGCGCCCGCCGCCGCUGACUCGACGUCUACAUCGACGCCUGCGGCCAGCGCCCCCAAUCCCAAUGCCGGCGGUGUGGCCAACAAGCCCAAGACGCAGAAGGAGAAGGAGGAGGCGUGGCGCAACAAGAUCGGGUCGGGCGACGACGAGGGCGGAUCGAAGGCCAAGGAGGAGGAGAUUCGCCGCAAGAAGGAGGAGGAGCGACAGCAGCUGGCGCGCAACGCCAAGGUGGGUCGCAUCGCCUCCAUGUUCACGGGCGAGGUCAAGGAGCGCGACAGGGCCGAGGAGGCGCGCGAGAAGGAGGAGGAGAUGCGCCGCAUCGCCGAGGCCGUCAAGGAGCGCAAGCAGGAGAGCGCGUUCCUCAAGGGUCCCGACGACGACAGCGCCGACAGGCACCAGAAGGAAGUCGAGCGCGAGGAGGCCCUCCCCAAGACGCCGCGCAAGAACGUUGAAGAGGAGUGGAAGAAGAAGGUCGAGCAGGAGGAGAAGGAGAAGCGCGAGAAGGAGGAGCGCGAGAAGCAGCAGAAGCUGGCCAACCGUCGCAGCGUGAAGAUCACUGAGGAGGACUGGAAGAAGAAGAUCGAGGAGGAGGAGCGCGAGAAGGAGCGGGCCGACAGCGAGGCGGCGCGCAAGAAGGAAGAGGAGAUGCGCCUCAUCGAGGAGGAGCGCAGGCGCAGGAAGGAGAGCGGCGGCGACGCCCCGGGGUCGACGACGACGUCGGAGCCGCACCCGCGCGAGACGGUCAAGGCUGGAACGGUUAUCGAGCGCGGUCCCCACGGCGGCGUCCAGCGAGCCGCGUCGGCGCCCUCAAUCCCAGCAACCACGGCCGGCGGCGGCAGCGGCAUCCAGCGACCGGUGUCGGCCGCCCCGAGCCCGGCCACGGCCAACAAGAAGAUCACAGUCCGCGGCGAUGCGUGCGCCGUGUGCGCCAAGACCGUCUACAUCAACGAAAAGCUCUCGGCCGACGGCAAGAUCUUCCACAAGCUCUGCUUCCGAUGCGCGCACUGCAACAAGACCCUCUCCCUGGGCAACUACGCUGGUCUUGAGGGCAAGCUCUACUGCAAGCCGCACUUCAAGCAGCUCUUCAAGCUGAAGGGCAACUACGCGUCGGGCUUCGGCGGCCAGACGCCUGUGGAGGAGUGGAACCAGCAGAAGUCCAUGCGCGCUCAACAGCAGUGA